AUGAAGAAGAGUCUCGAUAAUAUCCCCCAAGAGCUUCUGUACAAUGUCCUGGGUUAUCUAGACUACCGAGCUCUUGGGACUAUGCGCCUUGUUUGGCCCUCCCUCGACGAACCAGUCCUCCUCCCUCGACUCUUUAGUGUCAUACGGCUGUCCUUCUUAGAGAAGCAUCGGCGUCAAUUCCUAGGUAUAUCCUCGUCGCCACGUUUGGCGCCCCAUGUUCGGGUUCUUCGAUGGCAUUCGUUGUGUCAUACAGAACAAUUCAGCUCCUCGUUACCUCGGGUGCUAGCGUUUCUCUCUAGUGAUGCUAUCCCAAAUUUCCGCCCACUAUUCCUGGAGGGAUUAGACGCCAUGGUCAAUCUCAGGACCUUUACCACCAUCAUGAUAGAUCCUUCGCAGUCACAAGGUACCCUGUGGCGCGAGGACAUGGAAUAUGGAGGCUUUAACGUCACCGACGAAUUUUCCAAGCUGGAUCUUCUUCAGGCUUUCGAUAACUUCCUUGUGCCAGCUAUGCUCGGUCAUGGGUCGAAAAUCGAGUCUGUUCGUCUUCUGUGCAAGAGUCUCAUCAUGGGAGAUACAAGACCUGAAAGUGACCUCGAUUGCGACCCGCCUACGUUCUUUAGGGGUUUGAUCGAAGCUUUCCGUUCACUAAGGGUCAGGCUCGAUUCCUUCGCACUGCGUAAUGUCAAGGAGCUUGACCUUUGUGCUGCCUUUCCUUCAGCCACAUCAUCACAGUUCCAGCGGAAUGAGUUGCAGGCUCAUAUGCUCGAUAUAGUCUCUGCUGCCAAGGAGCUCCGAGUUUUAUCUCUGCGCUCGACCGACCCCGAUGCUGAACUCGAGCCCGAUAUUAGAGAUUCAACUAUAUUUCCAGGACUUCACACUCUGGAAUUUAAACAAUUGAGUACACUCAAGCUUGUGAACCUGGUCUUUUCCGUCAAAAACUUCAACGAAGUGCUUGCAAAGUGUGCAAAAACGCUGCAACAUAUCCUUCUUUACAACUGCACCGGAAGCGAAACAGGGCUUUUAGAAGUGGUUAGGUUUGCGGCCGCCAACUCGUCUAUAAAUUUACACAGAUUUUCAGUCUGUGUAUCUAAGGAUAUCGGUUUGGGCCCUUGGGAAGAAGGUCAAACCAUGGCUGCACAAAUAAUACCUGAGCAGGAGAUUCUUGCAUUUAUCAACGGCGAGGGAGUUGAAGACGCCGUGAAUCCCUUUUUGCACCAUCAACCUAUCGGCGCUGAUGACUGGCAGUCGCCAUCUGAACGGUAUGGGGGGCAGAUUGACCAUUAUACAGACCUGUGGGCGACUGCGGUAGAGAGUCCGGAGAGAUUGGCUGAAUGGUCCCAGUGGGGGUCUUUGCACUAUUCUUGCAAAGUAUGCCAGGCUUGA